UUCUUGUUUCUCACCCUUUCAUAAUUGCUGUUCCAACAAAAAAGCACGCUUGCUUUCAUUCUCGACACAUUCUGUCCCGUCAUUUUAUAGACAAUGUUGACGCAUUUCUCUUUUCUGCGAACCAACUUGAUACAUUACAGUGCAAGACACCCAGUUCGUCGCUACUCUGCACAGUCAGUCCAUCCACGAGUGAUUGCCGAACUUCUCGAUGAUCAUGUUAUUGGACAAGAACGAGCCAAGAAAAUCCUUUCUGUCGCUGUAUAUAAUCACUAUAACCGCAUACGAGCUAACCUCCAGCGGCUGGAACGAAACGAAGCGAGUCGUGACGAGCAAGGCACGAGUCUCGCCAACGAAUCCAGUUUAAGUGCAGCACCGGAUAAAACUACAGAAGAACAUGUCCCGUCAGAGCAAGCCGUUUUGAGAUCGCUAGGGAACGCGCCUGGACAACCGUCAUGGCUAAAUCAGUAUGCGCCCCUUAAACAUACGCAUGAAUCUUUCUUAUCCGAUCAAGCAUCCACUGGCCAAUCUCCGGGUUCCACCGCCAAAGAUCUGUCGACAGUACUAGAAAAAAGCAACAUUCUUUUGAUUGGUCCUACCGGUUCUGGAAAAACCCUUCUGGCCAAGACGCUGGCCAAUAUACUGAAAGUACCAUUUUCCAUGUCGGAUGCCACCUCAUUUACGCAAGCAGGCUAUGUUGGUGAAGACGUAGAAAUGGUGAUCCAACGACUAUUACAGAGCUGUGAUUACGAUGUGGAAAGGGCAGAAACAGGAAUCAUCUUUAUAGACGAAAUAGACAAGAUUGCGAGACGAUCGGAUCCAUCCAUAGGGUCCAAAGACGUGAGCGGAGAAGGCGUUCAACAAUCGCUGUUACGUAUGCUUGAAGGCACUGUCAUUCAUAUCACCGACAAAGGAAUGCCUAUUUCUAGCUCUUCAUCGCCACAACGACCCACCCCCAUCCUCACAGGCGGAACAAUGAUCGGAAGCAUGGUUGCACCCUCUUCAACGUUGCCUGCUCCCCCUUCUUCUUCUAUCUCACCAUCUCCUUCCACUGCAUCUCCAUCCUCCAUUCUGCGAAGCACAGGCCUCGCACCUCCUCCAGGCGAAACAUAUGCUGUCGAUACGUCCAAUAUCCUAUUCAUCCUGAGCGGCGCAUUCAUUGGAUUGGAAAAGAUAGUCAUGGAUCGUCUAGACAAAGGGUCGAUGGGUUUUGGCGAAGAUGAGCGAAUACCGGACGCCUCGUUGGACGGAUCCGAUUCCAAUCAACCCGGGACCUCCGUGACUCUAGAAAACGCCUUGUCUUUUGUCGAGCCAGAAGAUACAGUAAAGUACGGCCUGAUUCCUGAAUUCAUCGGUCGUUUACCCAUCAUUGCCAACGUAAACCAGCUCUCGGAAGAUGAUUUGUUGCGAGUACUGACGGAACCCAAGAAUGCAUUGCUAAAACAAUAUAAAGAGUUGUUUGCAUUAAGUCACGUAUCGAUCGAAUUCACUAGGAAAGCCCUGCGAGCAACGGCCAAGCGUGUUUUGGAAACGCAAUCGGGAGCGCGUGGUUUGCGUCGUAUCAUGGAACAAAUCCUACUGGAACCCAUGUACGAAGCCCCAGCGUCUUCCAUUCGUCAUAUUCUUAUUACCAAGGACGUGGUCGAGGGCAAAUCUGCACCUUUAUACUAUUCCCGAGGACAAUGGGCGGUGAUGGAAGAGGAUAUGAAAUAUGACGAUGAUGAUCUUCGAGUCCGCCGGACCUCACCUUCGCAAGCCUCCAAGCAAUCAAGCAGGCAGUCUACAGAGACCGGCACCUCCACCGUUGCCGAUACGGAACCCAAUUACAUAGCUCCCAAUUCUUCACUGCAACAGGUCGUGGAAACUUACUACAGGAUAUAAAAACUUGCACCAUAUCAUUUUUCACGCUCGUAAGCAAUUCGGGUAAACGAUAUUGGCUGGUUUCCUUUUCUGAAAUGCAAUAGCCUCCUCGUUGUCGCAAUCCAUACUGCGCUUUAUGAAAUGUGUGUGAGAGAGCGAUCAGGAUCAAUUCGUGGCCAACAACAAAUGACUAUAUUUGCAACAAAGAGUGCUCGUUUGCCACCCUUAAUACUCGG